AUGGAGCGCCGUCUUCUGGAUAGGCUUGAUGACGUGGAGAAGAAGCUUCGUCGCUCGCGUGCGGGGUCGGCGUCACCAUCAGCUCCUCGCGCUGCUCCCGUCGUCCCUCUCUCCGCGCUCCUGCCCCACAAUCCCUUUGGAUCCCCGGCGCGUUCAGAGCGGCCGCUACCUGCGGGGAUGGGCUUCGUAGGUGCUGGUGGCGGGCCGCCGUGGGCUCAGUUUGCUCCGCCGCGUCCUCUUCCUGCUCCGCGUGAUCUCGCCGUGUCGUCUCACCGUGCCCGCGCGUCUGCGUUACUUCCGUUGAUGAAGGAAGUUCCCACGGCGACCCUGGCCCGCCUAUGGUCGCUGGCGGCGUCCCUGCAGAGCCUUGAGCGGAUUCUCCAGGAGUCAUUUGACUCCAUGCCGAUGAGCCCUACGAGCAGGUUCUCUCAGAAACCGCGAGCAGAUUGUCAUGCGGCGGCGUCAGCGCUAUUCGCGCUCGUAACGCCACUGCAGGUAGCGCCCUCGCCGGGAGCAACCUCGGCCAGCCAGCUGGCUGACUCGGCCCUGGCUCUGAGGACGCUUGUAGCAGGCCCUGGUACUCCUGUUGACGUUGUAGGCGCCACCGUGUCUGUGGUCCGCCAGUUGUGGUUGAACACGAGCGGAAUGCUCGCUGCGGUAGAGGCGGACCGCAUUUUCGACCUGGCCACCCAUCGCCUGACAGGCAGCAAUGACCUCAACCUCGUCAACCUCUUCCUGCGCCUCUUCGGCCCGUGCACCGAGGAGCAGCUCUGCAUUCACCUUCUUCUCAUCCUCAUCCUUUGGGAAUGA